AUGGCCGCCGCCGUCGCACUGUCGAAUUAUCAGCUGGGGGAUGUGAUAGGCAGAGGAGCCAGUGGAUCGGUCUACAGGGCACUCAACUUUCUGACGGGAGAGACAGUAGCCAUAAAAUCAAUCUCACUACUAUCUUUAUCAUCGACAUCAUCGUCUGAUUCACCAUCAUCACCACUAAAUGAUAUCAUGUCAGAGAUUGAUUUAUUGAAGAAUCUCAAUCAUCCCAAUAUAGUCAAAUACAAAGGAUUCGCAAGAGAUAAAGAAAACCUGUUCAUCGUAUUGGAAUAUUGUGAAAACGGUUCACUGCAAAGUAUCUUGAAGAAAUUCGGUAAAUUUCCUGAAAGUCUGAUAGCUGUUUACAUACAUCAGGUGUUGGAAGGAUUGAUCUAUUUACAUGAACAAGGUGUCAUUCAUCGUGAUAUAAAAGGAGCGAACAUAUUAACGAACAAAGAUGGUUCUGUGAAAUUAGCUGAUUUUGGCGUUUCUUCAAGAUCUUCAAUACCCAUAUCAUCAACAAAUUCAACUUCAAUUUCAACACCAAAUGCAACCUCGAUUUCAACUUCAAACUCAAACUCAACCUCAAAUAUAGAGAAAGAAAAUGAAAAUCAAGUAGUCGGUUCACCAUACUGGAUGGCACCUGAAGUCAUUGAACAAAAUGGUGCUUCGACUUCAAGUGAUAUUUGGUCAGUGGGAUGUGUAGUCGUUGAAUUAUUACAAGGUAAACCUCCUUAUGGUGAUCUAGCUCCAAUGCAAGCUCUGUGGAGAAUCGUUCAAGAUGAAAGUAUGAAGAUACCUGAUGGUGCAAGUCCGAUCGUCAAAGAUUUUCUGUAUCACUGUUUUCAGAAAGAUCCAAAUCUUCGAGUAUCAGCGAAAAAGCUACUUCGUCAUCCAUGGAUGAUGAGCGUCAAGAGAUCCACCGAAUCAGUCAAUCCCCCUUCGCAGCCCAGAUCAGUGACUACUGGUAAUGGUAAUGCUAGUUGUAAUGGGAGCAGACCUCACUCCCGCGCUGGAUCUCAAAGAAUAUCAUCAGGAGGCAAAGAUACCGUUCGAUCUAAAGAGGAAAAGAACCGCGACAACGCGGGAUCAAGUAAUGUAUCCAGUUCAGGAUCAGGGGGUGGUGGAACGGUUAGAGCCAAGAAACCUAUGACUGUAUAUGAUGAGGCUGUUCAAAGAGUUCAAGAAUGGAAUGAAGCUCUAAAUGCCUCGCCAAAAGCCAUGGCAACUAUGAGGAAAUUACCACUGCCUCAACCGCGUAAACAAUCGGUAUCAAACGUACGUCAAAGAGGUGAAUCAAAUGGUCCUAUUCCCAUGGGACAAGGUUUUUUCGCUUUGCCAUCAAGAUCAUCAGGUGAAUCAAUAUCUUCUCAAUUCCAAUUACCUCAAUCCGGGUCAGCAUCAGGAUCAAACUCAGGUUCAGGAUUGAAAUCGCAACCUUCUCAUCCUCAAUCUGGUAUGUUGGGCAAAAAUUUACAUGUCAGCGAUGUACUUAAUAGAGCGAAAGAAACUGAAAGUAAUGGUGAAAGUUGGGAUGAUGAUUUCGCUUCAGAUAUCACUCUAUCCAAAAAAUUAGGUCACCGCCGAGAAGAAUCUACAGUAAACGAAGAUAUCAAUCAAAAGACCUUGAGACCUACUAAAUCACCUGUAUUACCUAUGAAACCCCUUUCUUCAUUAUCGUUGAAAGGGCAAAAUACGAUAACAACUACCACAGAUUUCACUCAGAAAAGUCAUGAUGACGAUUACUCUGAUAUCGGUCUGGGAGAGGAUGAAUCUGGUUUAGAAAGUAAAUUGAGAAAGCUGAAACUGAGAUCUCAAGGAAGGAGAGGAUUGAUGCAUCCUGACGAUAUACAUAAAAUACCAUUAUCACCUCAGCCGUCGUCAGCACACCAAAAAGCCCUUUCAACGCCAUCAAAGCACACCACACUGAAUGCCACACCCACAUCUAAGUCGCAAGUGCGCUCACCGCCUUCCUCAAGACAAAAUUCAUUGAGAAGCAAGGGUGCGACCACACCUGGAGGCACGGAGAUUAGUGAAAAUACAGUAGAGUUGAAUAAAUAUAUGGAACAAGAAGAGGAUUAUGAAGAUAUAUUCGAAGGUGUACAUCCUUCUCAAGCUAGUGGCUCAAAAGUCCAGCCACAUUCACUUCAACUUACUCGAAGAUCAAAUAUCUCAUGGGAAUCAGACGAAUUGGAUGACGAUCAAGAUCCAUUUGCCGAGAUUGAAGAUGAUUUCGUCACUGAAGACCUGGAAGCUAUCUUACUUAGAGAUAAGAGAGCUACACUAUGUUCCAAUGUAAACAAGCUAGUAGCGGGCUUGACACCGAAUACCCCACAUAUGGUAUUGAAACAAGGCUGUGACGAACUCUUGUCAUUACUGGAGAAUACACCCCGUGAAAUGGGUCUGGAAGCUCAUUUUGUAGCUCAGCAUGGAAUGUUAGCGAUCCUCGAGGUACUUGAGUCGAGACUAAGUAGAGACGUAGCUGUACGAUUAUUAAAAAUCGUCAACUUGAUCGUCACUUCAGAUGUAGAGAUGCUAGAAUCAUUCUGUCUCAUUGGUGGGAUACCCGUCAUCAUCCCGUUCACAUCGAAGAAGCAUUCUCUGGAAACGAGGUUAGAAGCUUCAACCUUCAUCCAGCAGCUCACUAGCUCAGCAUUGACUUUGCAAAUGUUCAUCUCCUGUCGAGGACUCCGUAUACUUGUUGAGCUUUUAGAUGAAGAUUACGCUCUGAAUAAAACUCUCGUGCUAUCUUCUUUAGAAGGUAUAUCAUCAGUGUUCGAAUUACAGUCACCUACGCCAAAACCUGAUUUCGUAAGGAUGUUCGUUAGAGAAGGUAUACUGGAUCCACUGUCUACAGCUAUCCUAUCGAUCCUCAAAGAUGAUGACAUCGCAGUGAAAGAAGAACAUUCUGAUGACAUGAAAGAAGAAUUGGAAAUCGCUUCUUCGCGUACUGUUAAUACGUUAUUACUAUUUUGUCAGGUGGCUCAAGGUGAUCAGAGAGUAAGAGACAGUUUCGCGAAUAGAAGUAUAAUGUCCCGUCUGCUCAAAGCGUGUGAUUUGUUGAGCGGAAAAGCUUUGGUAACAGCUAUCAAAGCUAUCAAGCAUCUUUCCACCUCACCUCAAUUGAUUGAGAUCUUACAAAAUUCCAAUGCCAUGGAAGUCUUAGUGGGAGUCUUAGCUAGGAAUAUGAAAGGUGUACAUUCUUCUGAUAUAAGUUCAAACCUAUUCCAAACAAUCUAUUCAAUGACUAGAUUGUCCAAAUCACGUCAAGAAGAAGCUGCAUCAAGUGGUAUAAUACCAUUAUUGAAGAAAGUAGUUCAGUCGAAAUCGCAAUUAAAAGGAUUCGCUCUACCGAUAUUCUGUGAUCUGGCUAAUGCGGGUAAGGUCAGUAGGAGAUUACUUUGGAAAUAUGAAGGGAUGAAUCUAUACCUCGACUUACUUUCAGAUCCGUAUUGGCAAGUAUCUGCCCUGGAUGCCAUCUUGACUUGGAUGCAAGAUGAAACAGCUAGAGUUGAAGAUGUCUUACUGGAACAGUCAGCCUCGGACAGCCUGGCCAGAUGUUUCGUCCAAGCUUCCGGCGUGUCCUUCGAGGGGAUUCUGGAUCCAUUCCUCAAAAUACUUCGAUUAUCGGCUUCUUUGACGUCUUCCAUAUCACAUCCACCAUUUUACGCCCGACUAGCAGAGACACUUGAGAAAUCUACAAAAGCAGUGAUCAAGUUGAACCUAUUACGACUGACUAAAGUGGUUUGUGAAGCUCAUCCUGAUCGAGCUACUCUGGUCUCCAGAUUCGGUUUAGCAGAUAUAAUAGACAGGUUAAGUAGACAGGAUACCGCUGUACUUGUUAGAGAAUUAGCAAAAGAAGUCCUGCCUGGUCUGUUAUUCGGUAACGAUUCACCUGAUCCAUUGGCUUUAUCGAGACUUGAUAAAUCAAGAGAACGAAAUGAUUCGGGUGUAAAGAGUAGAGCGGGAGAAUUGGUUUAUGGCAAUGGGAUAAGUAAGAAUAUGAGGCGAACGUAUUCUGAAAAUGGCGUUUCCAGUAAUACUACUACUAUUUCUACCACUGCGAAUGAUCCAUCGACAUCGAAUAAUGAUCGUCAACAACCAUCGACAAUAAGAUCCAUAUCUUCAAUAGAUGGUGGGAUCGUACAACAGAAAUCAACGUUAUCUCGAUCAGUCUCAAUCUCAACUUCUACAUCCAAAAAUUCAAGAUCAGAAAUCGAUAAACAGAAAAUGCCACCUCCUCCCAUACCUCUGAAUGUUCAACUAGGACUUCCCACCACAGCUACAUCUACAUCUACCGGUACUUCAGGAGUACCAGGGGCGACAGGUGGACAUGGAGAGAGACCAAAACAUAAAAGGAAAAUAUCAAGGAAUCAAUUACGAGAAGUACAAUGGCAGACUGACGAAAAUGGGAAAAUCAAAAGUGUCAGAACACCAAGUAAACUAGUUGGAUAUACUGUCGAGUAA